ACUCCUGGCACAACAAUGCCAUCCUCACUGGGGCCCCCGCGCCUGCCCUCUGUGGACCCCGCGGCCAAUCUAGAGGACCCUGAGGCAGCGCGCCUGCGCUUCCGCGGAUUCUGCUACCAGGAGGUGGCCGGUCCCCAAGAGGCCCUGUCCCGGCUUCAAGAACUCUGCCGCCAGUGGCUGCGGCCCGAGGUGCACUCCAAGGAGCAGAUCCUGGAGCUGCUGGUGCUGGAGCAGUUCCUGGGCUCACUGCCCGCUGAGAUCCAGGCUUGGGUCCAGGGCCAGAGACCAGGCAGCCCUGAGGAGGCUUCAGCCCUGGUCGAGGGCCUGCAGCAUGACCCUGGGCAACUGCUGGGCUGGAUCACAGCCCACGUCCUGAAGCAAGCAGCGCACCCCGCCGCACAAAAGGCAGAGGACUCAUUGGGGAGCCCCCACCCUCUAGGGAUAGUAGAGCCGCUCAGGGCAGCUUCUGGGGAGGGGCACCAGGAUGCGCAGAGGAAGGGAUCCGCCCGGCUCCGCUGCAGUGUGAAAGAGGAGCCUGAUGAGGAUGGGCAGGAGAGGGCACCUGCCAGUCCCCCACAUCCAUCCCAGUCCCAAGAGGGGCCAGCUGGACAUGGGGAACCAGACUCUGCCUCCUUCCACCCACCCAGGAUUCAGGAGGAGUGGGGGCUGCUGGACCCGUCACAGAAGGAGCUGUACUGGGACGCGAUGCUGGAGAAGUACGGCACGGUGGUCUCCCUGGCAGGGUUACCACCCCCCAGGCCGGACGCGCAGGUCGAGUUGGAGCCUGGCGCACCGAGCAUGGGGACAGAGGGCCCUGGAAGCCUCCGCCAGCGAGGUGAGAGCGAGGGUCCGCCAGGCUGUCCCGAGUCCCCGCUGUCUUGGGAGGGCCCGUCUGGGGCCACCGCUUUGGUCCCGCCGCCGCCGGUGCCGGGCGCCGCGCGGAGCAAGCCCUACACCUGUGAGCAGUGCGGCCGUGGCUUCGACUGGAAGUCGGUGUUCGUCAUUCACCACCGGACGCACGUGGGCGGGCAGGGCGCUCAGGCCCCGGCGCCGACCGUAGGGGGCGCUGAGAAGCCGCUGCAAAGUACCCGGGAGCCGGGCGCACUGCGCCACCCGCGGCGCGCGGCCCCCGCCCCUCGGAACUACGCCUGCGAGGAGUGCGGGCGCAGCUUCAGCUGGAAGUCGCAGCUGGUCAUCCACCGCAAGAGCCACGCUGGCCAGCAGCGCCAUUUCUGCGGCGACUGCGGCCGCGGCUUCGACUGGAAGUCGCAGCUGGUCAUCCACAGGAAGAGCCAUCGGCUCGAGGCCCCGUGAGCUGCCGGAGAAGGUGGACUCACCUUAGCGACUUCGUUGUCCUCAGGACCUGGACGCAGCCUGGAAGACUGGGAGGCAGUAGCGGGCGCUGUACUGAAUCAGAGUUGCCAGGAAGGUCCCCUACCAAAAGCCACCUGGGAGCAAGAAAAGCAGCUGCUCCUGCACCCCCUCCACCCCCUCCCAGCUGAAGUGAGGCCUGGUUUGAAUCCACCCCUGACCAGUGGCCCAAGGGGUGACUUCCAAGCUCAGAUCUCCCCACCCGGGACACGCUGCAGGCUGACGACUUUUCCAAAACCUGGAACCUCCUUUGCCGUGAGUAGAUUCUCAAAAACUGCCUCUUCCGACCUCCUGUGAAGCGGCAGGGUCCGGGGUCGGCAUGUGGAAGGUGCAGAAAGCCCAGGAGAACAUGAUCUGUUUCUGUUUGCAGCAGAGGGAAGACUAAUGGUCUUUCACACGUGUUGUGGGUUUUUAACGAAUCCCACUUUUGCAGCCGGGAAGUCUCUGCCUAACGAUCCCGAUUUCUGGCUUCUGCUGGGCAGAAGGUCAGCAGUUCCGCUCCUCCUGCCUGGCAGCGGGCGCCACAGAGCAGCAAACCCAUGAGAAGGUCCGGGGGCCCUGUUCCCACACUGCACGUGUCACUCUCCUGGCCUCGUUGUCCUUUGAGCUCUUGGGUCCCAGCUUCAGUGGGCACUAGGGGACUUAACAUUUUAAGCGUGGGUAGACAAGGGUGGCCUCGAGAAAAAGGGCCGCAAACAUGUCCCCGAGGCCAUGCACACCUGCAGGCCAGGACUGUGUCCCCACAGCCCACACAGUAGGUCCGUCGGUCACAAAGUCAGAGAGCGGAAGAUCAGCUGCCUGCUGCCCAUGGGGGUGCAUCUGGAUUCCUGGGCAGGCAUGUGGGACUUCGUUCAAUGCACUGUAUUAGUUUCCUGUUGUUGCUGUAACCAACUUGGUGG